AUCGAUGGACACGCAGCCCUGGAGCAUCCUCUGGCUCCGGGGCGGGGCGGGACCCCCGUUAUCCCGUCCGCAGCCCCGGUGGGGGCAGCGCCGCGCUAUAAGGCGGCCCCGCGGCUCUGCAGCGCUGUGCCAUGGGCGUCCCGGGGCUGCUCGGCCGCCUCCUCCUCCUUCUCCUCCUCCUGCUGCCGCCCCUGGCCGCGGCCCCGGGUACCGGCGCUGCCCCGGGGCGGCCCCGCCGCGGGCUCACCUACCCCGGGACGCUGUGGUGCGGGGCCGGCAGCAACGCGGAUGCCUACGAACAGCUGGGGGAGCACCGCGACACGGACCGCUGCUGCCGGGACCACGACCACUGCCAGCACGUCAUCCACCCCUUCACCUCGCGCUACGGGUACCGCAACCUGCGCUGGCACACCAUCAGCCACUGUGACUGCGACCGCAGGUUGAAGGAUUGCCUGCGGCGCGUGAACGACACGGCGUCGCGAGUGGUGGGUCAGGCUUUCUUCAAUGUCAUCCAAGUGCCCUGCUUCGAGUUCACCUACAAGGAGGAGUGCGUGGAACCCUACCUCUACGUCUGGUGCAAGGCGUACAACACGGUGGCCAUCGCGGUGCCCAGGGAGCCGGUGCUGUAUGAGUUUGGUGGGGAGCUGAUCGACCGGGCGGCGAGACCCGUGGGGGUCCCUCUGAGCCCCCUGGGCGGAGGAGCCGACCCAGCAGAGCAUCGUGCGCUGUCCCGCCGCAAAGCUGCCAAGAAAGAGAGGAAGGGGAAGAAGAAAGACAAGAAAAAGAAGGAGAAAGACCCUUCCAGAAAUGGGGAGCUGAGCAAUUCCGCAGCCGCCGCUCAUCGCACCGUGGGGCAGGACCCACACAUCCCGCUGUCAGAUGUGGGGGAAGCGGACAACGCCGUCCUGAGCGAUGCGCCAGCGCGGGAGGGCUUGGGCACGGAGCCGGUCCCCACCGCCAGUGGGAAGAGGAGGAGGAAGGAGAGGGCCAGAAAGAAGAGCCUGAAAAGCAAAGCUGAGUCAGAGCCUGCAGGAGCCCCACGGCCCUGAUUCCCACCUCGCGCCGCGCAGGUCUCGGCUGUGCAAUAAAGCUGGGCGUUCGAGCAGAUGGCAUCGGCUCCGUG